AGAGUCCAACACAAGUCAAACAAUUAAAAAAGGAAAGUAAUUAAUCAUCCAUUCCUUCAAUCUCUAAAAAUCCACUAAAAAGAGGAAACCUUGAGCAUAAUUAACCUCCAAAAUUCAAUGGACAAUCUUUAGCUAAUCAAACACCACCCACUUUCUCUCAUAUAUUUCUCUUUAUAUUUCUUCAAUUCUUACAAUCUCGAUUAAUUCAGCAGCAGAAGAAUCAAACAAAAAUCAAAAACCAAAAAAAAAAAAAAAAAAACCCAAAAAAAUUGAAAAAUUUCCUAAAUUAGAAAGAAAUAAGGAAGAUGAGGCCACAAAGAAGACCGAUCCAGACAGUAAUGGCGUGGUUAAGAAGACAACCGCCAAAAGUGAAGGCGUUCCUUUCAGUGGUUGCAGGAAUGGCGGCAUUAGUCUUGUUAAGAGCUGUUGUUCGUGACCAUGAUAAUCUUUUUGUCGCUGCUGAAGCUGUUCAUGCUAUUGGAAUUGCUGUUCUUAUCUAUAAACUCACAAAGGAGAAAACUUGUGCUGGACUCUCAUUGAAGUCACAGGAGUUGACAGCUAUUUUUUUGGCAGUUAGGCUUUACUGCAGUUUUGUCAUGGAAUAUGAUAUUCACACGCUUCUGGAUACAGCGACCUUGAUUUUUACAAUGUGGGUCAUUUAUAUGAUCCGAUUUAAACUAAGGUCAACUUAUAUGGAGGACAAGGACAAUUUUGCUAUUUAUUACGUGUUAUUACCGUGUGCUGUUUUGGCAUUGGCGGUUCAUCCAUCAACAUCACACAAUUUUUUUAAUAGGAUAAUGUGGGCUUUCUGUGUUUAUUUAGAAGCUGUCUCAGUCCUGCCACAGCUACGGGUUAUGCAAAAUACAAAGAUCGUGGAACCAUUUACAGCACAUUAUGUGUUUGCGCUUGGAGUAGCAAGAUUCUUGAGUUGUGCCCACUGGGUUCUUCAGGUAUUAGACACCCGUGGGCAUCUCCUAACUGCUCUGGGCUAUGGUUUAUGGCCGUCCUUUGUUCUUAUCUCAGAGAUCGUGCAAACUUUCAUCCUUGCAGAUUUCUGUUACUACUAUGUUAAAAGCAUCUUUGGAGGUCAACUUGUGCUACGCCUUCCUGCAGGAGUUGUGUAAAUUAUAUUUUAUAUGAAGCUGCACGAACGAAAAUGGUUUAGCGAGCUUCUGGAUGGUUUUUUUUUGCUUAUUCAGAUUUCUUAGCACACCAUACGAGCGAUCCCUGCUUUCUAGUGUGACAUAGUUUAGUUCAGUAGGGAUUGUGUAAACGUUAGGGAAAGAAAGGAGAACGCUAAAUUAAUGUUGAAUUAUACUGUGUUAUUUAUCUUGAAUACAUUAAUUUUACAGCGUAAACUCAGAUCGAUAGUGGAGUGGACAAAAAACCCGAAUUUCCUUCACUUGUAGUAUGCUUCAUGUGCUUUAUGUUUGUAUUACAUGAAUCUGGAACAAUGAAGAAUCAUGGCUAAUACUUUUGUUCAAAUACAUACAUUCUUAUUCUGAUGUAAGAGCUUUAUAAGAUAACGAAGGAUUUUUUGUUUUGUAUAA